UUCAUUGACCGAGCGGACAAGGGUACUCGCAACAUCACAUUUUCACAUCUCGCAGCGCUGAACACUAUCAAAUUAUCAAAUUAUUGAAGAUGUCUAAUCCCAAUUCAACUUCAGUGAGCCUAAGGCAAGCAUCAGAGGUGGCGCCCAAACUUCAAGGUAGCGAUCUUCCCGACCCAUACAGGAUCCGGGUCGGUCUCAAGACAGACGAUGAGCUCUCACAGCUUCGUCGUCGUCGUAGGACUGGAAAGCAGAAUGACCUCAUUCAAUCAUUGCUGAAGCCUAUGGAAGAACAUACACAAGAGGCGAGAGAAGAUGAAGCGAAUUUCCCUUUUUCUGUCAGGGUUGCAGUCUGGGCAAGUCUCUGUGCCAACUUCAUUCUCUGUUAUAUGCUGCUGUGUCGUUCGUCUCUCUUAUCCCUCAUCGCAACAGGGAUUGAUGCUACUUUCGAUUUUGGAACACUGUCAAUGGAUAUUAACAAAUGGCCUGUUGGUGGCUCCGACUUGAAACCAUUGGAAAUCAUGGCUUCGGUCAAUUUGGUUGUUAUCGUUGAAUCCGUCCGCGCACUCAUGGCUCAAGAAAAAGACAACGGUUUUCGCAUCCAGGCAAUCAUCGCAGUGGCAGCUGCGCUUGGUAUCGGUCCAUUCGUUCUUUUCUUAUAUUGUUUGGCCCUCAGAUCAAAGUCUAGCCAAGUGCAGGUCUUAUGGGAGGAUCAUCGAAAUGAUCUUUUCAUUAAUGGAUUCGGUAUUCUGAUGUCUGCUGGAGGAAGUAGAUCACGAUGGUGGCUGGAUUCUGCUGGCGCUGUCAUUGUGCGCUUCAUUCAUUGGCGCUGGAGUCAUACUAUGUACGAACAAUUUGGAUUCUUGGCUGGGAAGUCUGCGCCACACGACUUCCUGCAGCUCAUCAUCCACAAAGCUAUGACCUUCAGCGAUGAGAUUGAGAAAAUUGAUACUGUACGGGCGUACCACGACUACAUCGUCGAGGUGGAUAUCGCACACGAUAUUAGCCAGCAGCUGCAGGAUAAGAUCGAGGUGCUUCCGAAUGUCGAGCGUGCCUUUGUGCACGUCGAUCAUGAGACGACUCAUGCCCCUGGCCACGCGUCAGUUCUAGCGAUGGAUUGGUAUGGCAACGAGACACUCCACAAUGCCCCACUCACCAAUAUGACGAUCGACGGCAAGCCUGUUGCGGCCGUGCAGAACGUCGACAACUUCUCUUUUGCGUGA